GACCAUCAUUGAAGAAUAACAAGAUGAAACUACAGCUCGCCCUUUGCGCCCUCCUCGUGGUAUCCUGUGGACUUGCCCAGGCCUACAGCGGCAACGGUCGUCCAGGCUGCAAGACCGAAGCGGAACUGGAAAUUGGGGUUUUCCGCAACGAUUGGGACCCCACUGCGUACUGGAAGUGCGAGGCACUUAACGAGGCCGGCGUCGAGGUGCGGUGUCCCAGCGAUUCGGCAUUCAUGGAAAGUAUCAAGAACUGUGUUGCCUGGGAUGAAUGGGAGUGGGAGACCCCCGUUGCUCCGCUAAGCGAGCCCGAUGAGUGACCAAACAUGAAGCAGGACCAACAUGAUGUUAACAGCAAAAUGUGAUUGUUUGUGUUGUUGAUACUUGAGAAUAAAAAGCUGCGUAAGGCGGUGUUGGUGGCAUACGCAGCGAAACCAA